AUGCCCGUCGGUCAGAAGAAGGUCAUCAAAGCCAAAAAGAUAAAGGAGAUUAAGACGCAGGAUGUCCCCACCUUGCCAACAAAGGAAGGAAAAGGUAAAAGCAAGUCCAAGGUAGCAGCCCUGCCUGAGAUUGCCAAGAAGAAGACCGUGGCUGAGGUUAAGAAGGCCAUAAAGAAAAAUCCUCUCAUCCAGAAGAGGCCGAGGAAUUAUGGUAUUGGCCAAGCCAUCCAACCGCGCCGGAAUCUCUAUCGUUUUGUUAAAUGGCCGAAGUAUAUCUUGCUCCAAAGGCAGAAGGCUGUCCUUAAGAAACGAUUGAAGAUUCCACCACCGAUCAAUCAGUUCAACGAGGCUCUUGACCGUGCGACCUCUCUCCAGGUCUUCAAUCUUUGCAACAAAUACAAGCCUCAGAGCAAGCAGUCGAAAAAAGCUCAACUGACUCAUCGCGCUCAGAAGCGAGCUGACGGUGCCCCGGAUGCCCCAGCUGCCCGAAAAGCUGUUCUCAAGUCUGGCAUUCGUGAAGUAACGUCUGCAAUAACACAAAAGAAGGCUCAGCUUGUGCUGGUUGCUCAUGAUGUGGACCCAAUCGAGAUCGUCCUAUUCCUCCCUGCCCUUUGUCGAAAAAUGGGUGUCCCUUAUGCUAUCAUUAAGGGAAAGGCCAGGCUUGGGCGCAUAGUCCGUCGCAAGACUUGCACCUGCGUAGCCUUCACCAAUGUCCGAACUGAGGACAAACCCCGUCUCUCAAAGAUCAUCCAGACCGUAAAGACUAACUUCAACGAUCGUCAUGACGAAGUAAUUUUGACAAUAUUUUUUUCCUAA